UGUAACUGAAAAAUACCCCGCCCAUCGUCUCUCUCUUCUCCCACCGUUCACAAUUCCUCUUCCCCUUCCCACGGAAUCCUCUUCCUCCCCAUGCUCCGACGACGACCAUCCCUCCGAUUCCCCGGCCAUGGAAGCAGACGAGCCGGCCGCCGCCGCCGCCUCCACCUCCCUCGACUCCGACGACUCCUUCUUCGACGCCCUCGACUCCCUCCCUUCCCCACCCUCUCCUCCUCACACCCCUUCCUCCUCCACCCUCCGCCGCCGCCGCCCGCGCCGCGGAUGGAGUCUGAAGCAGCACGAGGACGACACCGCCGCAUCACCUACGUUCUCUGAUUCAUCCACCAUCACCGUCGUCGACGAGGCCGUCAAGCCCGACUCCGAGGAGACAAGCUCACACCGUCCUCCCCCGCCUCCCGAGGAGGAAGACGAGGAGGAUGCGGCGGAGGCGGCGGUGGAGGGGGAGGUGGAGGGGGAGGUGGAGGCGAGGGACGCGAAGCUAAAUCCGGCACCGGCACCGGCACCGACGCCGACGCCUCCGCCGCCGGGCAUUCUCGAGUCCCUCGCCAUGCUCGUCAUCAAGGCGGUGGUGUUCCAAGUCAGCGCGCUCAUCAGCUGCCUCACGUUCCCGAUUCGGCUGCUGCAAUGGUGGUUCCUCCUCGUGACGGACCCUCUCGGAUUGGUGCGGCGAGCGAGGGGGUGGGCGCUCGAGGUGGCUGGGCACGCCACGGGCGCCGCGGCCGCGCGUCUCGGCGGCGGGGAAGGGGUGGGGCGCAUGGUGGCGAGGCUGGCGUGGGGGUCGCUCUGGGCGGUGUACGUCUGCGUUGUUCUGUGCUCGAUUCUGGUUAUGGCGUUCCUCGGAGGAGGGCUCUUGGUGGGGAAAGUUGUGGAGGAGCCCAUUCAGGUUACUGAGACCCUGAAUUUUGAUUACACCAAACCGAGCCCCGUGGCAUUUGUUCCUGUACAGCGGUUGGUGCCGCCGAAUCAGCGGAUGCAGCUCGAGGUGUUCCUGACGCUGCCUGAAUCGGAUUACAACCGGAGGCUUGGAGUUUUCCAGGUAAGAGCAGAAUUUCUAUCAGCAGACGGCAAAGUGAUCUCUACCUCAAGUCAACCAUGCAUGCUAAAGUUUAAGAGUGCCCAUAUGCACUUCAUAGAAACUUUUCUGCGAAGCGUGUCUCUUUUGUCUGGCUAUUCCUCAGAAUCUCAGGUCAUAAGACUAAAAAUGAGGGGCAUUACAGAGGCUUCAGAACCAGUAAUGGGAAUAAGGAUAAUUCUUGAACAACGAGCUGAAUUUAGUCCUGGUGCAGGCAUCCCAGAGAUCUAUGCCGCAUCACUAAAGCUUGAGGCAGAACUACCUCUGCUCAAGAGAAUACUCUGGAACUGGAGAUGGACCCUUUUUGUCUGGAGUAGCAUGGGGUUCUUUGUUUUUGAAUUAUUGCUGGCCCUUAUUUGCUGUAGACCCUGUAUAUUUCCCAGGAGUGGACAUAACGCUGCAACUCCUUAGGCUAGCUCAUGUAAUGUACACUUCAAAAUAAAUGCAAAAGGGAUGUUAAUGUUGCACGGUAUACAGCUAUCGCAGUGAUGCUUCUUUAUUUGAUUUUGACAUCUGGUGGUUGCAUAACAAAAGGUGCAUGUUAGGCUUGAUGACUAACGCUUUACUCCACACUUAUUAUCAGGUACGCUGUUAACUAAUCAAAUGUGUCCAUUCAUUCAUGCUGAGAUCAUUGUAUGGUUAGACUAAAUUUUCACACAAGACCUUAUAUGUUUCUUUCUGUUGAAAACGAAGAGUACAUAAAGACCUACUUUCUUAAUAUCCGUGUAUCGAGGGAGAUAAGAUGUACUUCUGCACAUCCUGGUUGUUGUGAUAUCCUGACUCUAGGAUGGGAGAAAAAGAAGGGGGUGGAUCCCAUUGCAUCCGUUAAUAAAUUUCUGUGGCACCAAUGCAGCAUUGUUUUUUGUUUACCUUACAGACAUUUUAACGCAUUGUGCAGAGCCCUAAAAAAUGUGUUGGCGCAACAUUUUCUUUUAUUUACAUUGCAGCUGUUAUUUUACUGCAUUGCACACUAUUACUCUGAUGUUGAUGACUCCAGAAGGUUAUAAUAUACACACUCAAUGAAAAUAAGCCAUUCGAUUGGAUAUCCCUAUAUUUGUGCUCAUCUAUCUCUCUGUUGUACUGUAUCUAAACUGAAAUGUUUUUUAUUGCAGGAUUUUGGAGAUCAAACAACUGUGGAUAUGUAAAAGUUAUUUUUUUGCAGAUCAAUUGGUCCAGUAAUAGGAUAUCAUUUCUAGAUUGUGGCUGAGCAUUUGAGCAACUGAUGCAUAAAUGUGUACGGAUUAAUCAUAAUGCCCUGGAUCCAAGCUUGACAUGCUAUCCUUCUUGUUAAUACGGAAUGCAUUUAUCAACAUUGUUGGUUUGGUCUUCUUUAUCUAGCAUCACUCUGCGUGCAACAGCCACAAGGGGAAAUGGGCACGGCAAUAUUGCAUCAUAAGACGGUGCUCAUGGUCUUGUCGCCAGCGUCAGUGCCAACAAGAAGCAGAUACGGUGGUUGCAUGUACUAUAAUUGUGUAUGGAUCCAGAUUAUCUAUUAUCAGUUUCAGAACCGUGCCAAGAUAAUGAGCAAAGUCCCCAGAUUUGUUACAAAGGCAAAUGGGCCAUGGACUAAUCAUGGUUUGCAAAGCUCCUGGUGUGAGCUGUGCUCAACUGCUGUCACUACUCACUAACUAACUCAUCACCAGUAUUCUGGUCGAGAUGACCGUCAAUAUGAUGCUUACGCUAAGGUGUGCUUGGAUUGA